GUGAUAAGUCAUGUGGUCAUGUGAUGUACACGGAAGUGCAACUCCUCUGCACCGCAGUUGUCAGUAGUUUUAGAACCGGUCUACACCGUUUACUUCUAGUAGUAUAUUCAAGUAGCCUAGGUUAGUAGUGGUAGUAAGUUCGUAUCUACUCCUCUCUGCGGUCAUGUUAUUGUUGAGUGUUGUGAGCAGUGUAUGUCUGCUCCUACUAGCGACGCUACAGGCAGAGGUGGUACAAUGUGACGCCGAAUUGAACAUAUCUACAGAUGAGAAUAUCGGACAACUCGGGAAGUAUUCGCUGCAGCUGGUGACUAACUCAUCCAACGGCACUGAGCUGACCUACGGCUUCAUCUCCUGCGGGGUGGCCGUUCUGUUUUACGGUUCUAACUUUGUCCCAGUGAAGAAAAUACCUACCGGAGACGGUCUGUUCUUCCAGUGGGUGCUGUGUGCAGCAGUCUGGAGCGUCUCUCUGGUGGUCAACAUUAUUCUGGGGUCUCCUACCUUCUGGCCUCUAGCCAUGCUGGGGGGGGCUAUCUGGGCUACAGGGAACAUCACGGUGGUCCCCAUAGUGAAAACCAUCGGUCUGGGUCUGGGACUCCUCAUCUGGGCCUCAUUUAACCUCCUCAUGGGAUGGGCUAGCUCCAGGUUUGGCUGGUUUGGGAUCGAUGCUGAGGAAGUUUCUAACCCAACACUCAACUACUGUGGAGCAGGAUUAUGUCUGCUCAGUGCUGUAAUCUUCUUCUUUGUGAAGAGUGAUGUUCACAGUCAGUCCUCCAGACCAGAGGAAGAGGAGCCACUACUCAUAGACGGCCGUGUUAAUGCAGAUGGCGUGACGUCGUCUGAUGACUCGUGGGUCGACACACUAAGGCCGCGGACCAAACGACUGGUUGGUUCUCUCCUAGCUGUGGUAGCUGGUUUGUUGCCGAGAGUCUACCCUGGAGUUAUACUACCUGGCUUCGUCUCUGGGGUGAUGUGGGGUGUUGCUACCUGCUGCUGGUUUCUGGCCAACACCUACCUGAGUGCUGUGGUCAGUUUCCCCAUAAUAACCACUGGUCCUGGUCUGAUUGCAGCACUUUGGGAGUCGUGGGUUUUUAAGGAGGCUAAGACACACACUCAGGGAACCAUGGUGAAGAUGAGGAAGGUGAUGGGAUGA